ACUCACUCAUUUGCAUCCGUUUGGUUGAAGAGAACGGCUGAAUUGGACAUAAAAUAUGUGCACCUCUUAUUUAACUUAAUAUAAAAAAAAACGGUGAUGGUAAUAUGUAUAAUGAAAGCGAAGAUUUUUAGUGACAAACAUAUUACUUAAUUUUGAAAGUUUCAAUAUUCCUCAAAAUGGUGCACAAAAUUCAAAUUGAACAAAAGAUUCCGUCUGUGAGCAAAUUUAGAUCAGUCCUGUCACAGCUAAUAGCAUGUAUGUCUCCAAACUUACUUCUGUUGGAUCUUGGUAUGGCCGUAAGCUUCCCAACCAUAGCUUUACCGGCUUUGCUGAAUGCCACAGAAGGAUUGUCUCUGACGCAAGUAGAGGCUUCGUGGUUUGGUAGCAUUUCAUAUCUUGCUCAACCUUUUGGGGCUCUGCUAUCUGGUCCACUUGUAGACUACUUUGGAAGGAAAAAAGCAAACUUUUUGGUUAAUAUACCUCAUUUAAUAGCUUGGAUCUUGAUGUAUUUUGCCUGGAAUGUACCGAUUUUAUUUAUAGCAAAUACUCUGUUAGGGAUUGGAACCGGGAUAAUGGAAGCGCCAAUAAAUUCUUAUGUUGGGGAAAUUAGUGAGCCUACGAUGCGUGGAGCCCUAUGCACCGUCACCCAAAUAUUCACGUCCAUAGGAAUAUUGGUGAUGUAUUUUCUGGGAACAAUAGUAGAUUGGCGACAAGCGGCAAUCAUAUGUCUAGGAGUACCACUUCUUUCCAUGCUAUUAGUUUUACUUGUACCCGAAACUCCUGUCUGGCUACUGUUCAAAGGGAGAGAAAAAGAAGCAUUAAAAUCUUUGUGCUACCUUCGAGGGUGGACAACUGUUGACAAUGUAAAGGACGAAUAUGAUAAAUUAGCAGUUUACGCGAAGAGUUUGCAAAACUGCGAAAUCUGUCUAGCCACUGAUGACGUUAAAAAUGAGCAAUGUGACCACGUUCGAAUGAAUCCAAUAAAAAGAUACAUCUUAAAAAUCAAAUGCGUAAUGUUUUGCAAAGAGACUCUAAGGCCAUUAACAUUGGUAAUUCUAUAUUUUAUGUUCUACACUAUGAGUGGACUCAUACCUAUUAGACCUAACAUGGUCAAUGUAUGUGGAGCCUUCGGGAUGGUAGACAAUGGAAAGAAGAUAGUGCUAAUGAUCGGUGUUAUAACUGUAAUCAUGGGCGUCAUAGUCAUCGGUAUCAUCAAGAUGACCGGUAAACGAAAAUUGAUUAUACUAGCGCUUCUCGGCACUGGUCUUUCCAGCACUGGACUAAGUAUAUACGCAAGAUUACACGUACCUGAUUCGGUGUCUUCAUACGAUCCUGCCACAUUCCCAAUAGAAAAAAGCUACGUACCUCAGGCGCUAUUGUAUUCCUUGGCGGUGUUUACUGGACUCUGUAUACCUUGGGUGCUGCUUGGAGAAAUGUUCCCUUUUAAGAGUCGUGCCUCAGCUCAAGGAAUCGCUGCUGCUUGGAGUUACGUGGUGACGUUCUUGGGAUCAAAAACAUUAAUCGAUUUGGAGAAUUCGCUUAAGCUGUGGGGAACUUUUGCCGUUUACGCAGUUUUCGCAUUUGUUGGCACAAUAUAUUUAUAUUUCUUCAUGCCUGAAACUGAAGGGAAGACGCUUCAAGACAUCGAAGAUUAUUAUAAAGGAGAUUUGAGAAUAUUCGCGAACGAUCCUUUUAUAAAUUACUUUAAGAGAUUCAAGAGAAAACAGUCUGUCUCUUAGACCUGCAUUUAUAUACUUAGUCUAACAUAUUAUUUAACUUAAUCGUAUUAUAGUAUAAUAAAAAGUUUUAA